CUAUGUUACCAAAACAGCAUUCUUGCCUACUUGUGCUUUACAGGCGCAGUCAGAAAUGCACAACCUGUCUGUGCUCCACCCAGCGCUUUCUCUCUCUCUCUCUCUCUCUCUCUCUCUCUCUCUCUCUCUCUCCUUCAGAAAUUUACAUGUGAAGUAUCAUUCUUCACGACCUGCCAAACCUGCCGCCAAAGUCAUAGAUUCACACUCAGAUGAAAUGUCCCAGGAGGAGGUGUGCUGCUCGUGUCCCGGGCUGAGGGCGUUUUGUCAGGGAUUGUUCACGUCGCCUGACAAGACUGAGGCUGAAAAACCAACAAACACGGCCAAACAGACGGUGAAUGUCCCGAAUCCAUCCCGCGCCUCGGCAUGUGAGCCCGGGAGUGAGCUCUACAAAGCACUGUGGUCCUACAAAGCUCGCGGGGCGGAUGAGCUUUCCUUCCAGGAGGGAGAACAGUUCCGCAUCUGCGAGCGCCAGGGCGAGUGGUGGACUGCGCUCAAACUGGGCAGAGAUGGAGCGGUCACCGGGAGGGGCUUUGUUCCAAAUCAUUUCCUGGCGAGAAGACAAACGGUGAAAGAGCAACCCUGGUACUUUGGCACACUGAACCGGUUUGAGACCGAGAUUUUGCUUCUGGCUCCAGAGAAUGAUGUUGGAGCUUUUCUGGUACGACACAGCGAAAAGGACAACAUAGGUUAUGUUUUAUCAGUGUUAUCGGGUGACAGAAGCAGGGAAGUGAAACAUAUUAAGAUCCACCAGAAUCAGAAUGAAAGUUUUUAUCUUGAUAAGAGUCAAACGUUUCAAAGCCUGGAGAAACUGGUGGAUUACUACUGGAAGUAUUCCCUGGACGGUGACUCUUUUCUCAAACAACCCUGCAGACGGCCAGAACCAAAGCCAAAGGAUCUUUCACACAGCACAGUAAAUGACUGGGAAUUACCUAAGGAAGAGUUCACACUCGAAGAGGAGCUUGGUAAAGGAUUCUUUGCUGAUGUUUAUCGUGGAAAAUGGAAAGGCAUGGUCAACGUGGCCAUUAAGAUCCUCAAAAAUGACUCUAUCAACCACAGGGAGUUCAUGUUGGAGACACAAAUAUUAAAAAAGCUCAGGCACAAACACCUCAUCGCACUCUUCGCUGUCUGCACAAGCUCAAGCCCCUUCUACAUCAUCACUGAACUUAUGGAAAAAGGCGACCUGCUCAGUUUGCUCAAAGGUAAGGAGGGCCAGGACCUGAAUGCACAGAUGCUGACAGAAAUGGCAUCCCAGGUAGCUGAUGGGAUGGCGUACCUUGAGGAGCAGAACAGCAUCCACAGAGACCUGGCGGCUCGCAAUGUUCUAGUGGGAGCCAACUACAUCUGUAAAGUGGCUGACUUAGGUCUAGCUCGAAUCGUCAAAGAGUCAGUUUACUCUUCAGAAGAUGCACAAAUACCGUAUAAGUGGUCUGCUCCUGAAGCCAUCAGCCAUGGAAGGUUCUCCAACAAAUCUGACGUCUGGUCAUUCGGAGUCCUGCUAUAUGAAAUGUUCACCUAUGGUGGAGUCCCAUAUCCAGCCUUCUCAAAUAUCGAGGUGUACAACAUGAUCACGUCGGGGUACAGAAUGCCGGCGCCCCCCAAUUGCCCAUCCCACAUCUAUGACAUAAUGCUGAUGUGUUGGAGAUAUUCGGCUGAGGAAAGGCCAGAUUUCAGUGAACUAUUACGUCUUCUUGAAGACUAUUGUGCUCCAUGCACGGACCAGAACACAGAGAGCUGCAGUGGCACAUAAGAUCCAAAAGGAGGCGUCAGUUAGCAAUGCUGAGCAAAGUCAAGUGAGUGGGAACAUGCCAUCAAUAGUUGUUUGUGAUACACUUCAGUUUUUAUGCACAAAGACCUUUUCCACACAUUGCUUUGCAGCUUUAUACAGUAUUCCUGUAUUUUAUUUACUCAUUUUUGUGCUUACUUUCUAAUUUAAUUUAAGGACAUGUUCUAAGGACAAGGUGAGAUGAAGGUGUGGUGACACUAGCCAUUUAACAUACAUUGUAACUGUAUAGUUGAGUUGACCCUAUGAAUGAAUCAUCAUUGAAACAUAAAA